AUGGGGGUCAUGGGCGUGGUCCGAAGCGACUCGCCCCGCAACGCACCCAUCUACGACGUCCCCUACGGAUCCGUCCAGCUGGCCAGCACGCCGGCGUCGAGCGGCCUCGCCGGCUUCGACCUUGCAGCCGGCUUCGGCGCCACGGCGGCCGCAGGCUACGCUGGCGCCGACUACGACGAUGACGAGGAGGGCGACAACGACGCCGCGGGGCCAGACGACGACGACGAGGGCUCGUCGGACGACGGCUCGUCGAAGCUCAAGGGCGCCAAGGGAAAGGCUGGAGGCAGCGGCGACAGCAGCAGCAGCAAGGGCGGGGGCAAGGGAAAGAAGGGAAAGACCGAGGCCAAAGGCGAAAAGGACGCAAAGACGGGGCGCAGGAAGAUCAAGAUCGAGUUCAUCGAGGACGAUGCGAGGCGCCACAUCACCUUUAGCAAGCGCAAGGCCGGCAUCAUGAAGAAGGCAUACGAGCUGGCGACGCUGACGGGGACGCAGGUGCUGCUGCUCGUCGUCUCGCAGACGGGCCUCGUCUACACCUUCACCACGCCCAAGCUGCAGGCGCUCGUCACGCAGGCCGAGGGUCGCAACCUGAUCCAGGCCUGCCUCAACGCUCCCGACCCCGUGGGCGGCUCGGGCGACGGCAGUGACGGUGGCAGGUCUCCCGGCGACGAGGGGGGCGAGGAUGGCAAUGGCGGCAGCCAGGACGACCACUCGCGGCCCGGAUCGAGCGGCGGAGCGUCGGCCAAGGGGCGGAUGCGGCCGGCCAAGGCGGGCGAGAUCAUGACUGGGCCGAACACGGGCUUUAAGAAGCGCCCGCGCAACAACUCGACGUCCAAGGCCACGUCGAUGUCGAGCUCGAGCGGCGGGCCCCAGCUGGCGGGGGUGCUCGAGCACACGCCCUCGACCGCCGACGCUCUCAUCAGCCCCAGUAUGCGGGGCGAUCAGCUGCAAAUGAUGCAGCAGCAGCAUCAGCAGCAGCACCAGCAUCACGUCUACGGCCAGCUGGACCCCAGCUACGCCGCCUACAACCCGCUCGCCUACCUCGCAUCGCACGGCAGUGGCGGAGGCAGCGGCGAUCCGCAUCCGUUCGGCGCACCACCGCAGCAGCAGCAGCAGCAGCAGCAGCAUCACCAGCAGCACCACGUCCAUCACCAGCACCAGCACAGCACCGGCAGCAUCGGUGGCAUGAGCGCCGGAGACGGCGCGAUGGCCUGGAACGGAGGCAUGAGCCCGCACAAUUCGACGCAGCCGCUGUUUGGCAUGUCGCCGGCGUCGACGGCAGCGACCUUGCCGGCGACUGAUCGCAACGGCGGCGGCGGCGGCGGAGGCUACGGGUACAACCUUGCCGCACAGCAGCCGCACCAGCAGCAGCAUCACUCGGCGUAUGCAACUCACCGGCAGCACGAGCAGCAGCAGCAGCAACAGACCUACCCGCACAUGCUGCCGCCACAGGAGGUCGCUGCGCAAGAGCAGCGGUGGUGA